CACCGUGAGUGCAUGUGUAUGUGUGUGCGCCUCUCAAUUUGUGACGAAAUGUGUAUAAAAUGUUUAUGUUUAUGUUUUUCCCCACCCCCCCAUCCGCACCAUCACACACGCACACCUCUAUGCAAAUAGGCGCCGUACAAGUUUGAAGUGAAAAGCGAUCGGCAAAAACAAGAAACCCCACCACAAAGUGGCGCAGCAACCACAAAUAAAUAAAAACAUAAAUAAAAGUGCGCCCGCCCGAAAGUAGAGGAAAAACAACCUGAAUAGGAAGCAUCGCAGAACGCUAUUAAAAGGUCGGCAGAUGGGCGGCCAACGGAUUUACGUGCCCUCCGCUGGCCAUUCUCUUCGUGCUUGUUGUUGUUGUUGCAGCUCCCGUUGCGCAUGCAGUUGUUGUUGUUGCAGUAGCUGCAACGGACCAAGGGCCACAGUGCAGUGAGAGCGAGCGGAACGGCAAGCGAGCGCCACUAAAGGUGCGAGCAAGAGCCCCUUAAAAUGGUCUCGAAGAAGCGCUCCAAUGCCGCCGACCGUGUCCAGCGUUCGACUGCGACUGCGGCAGCGGCGGCGGCAGCAGCUGCCGCAGCAGCGACGGUGUCCACGACGCAGGGCAAGAAGCGGCCCGGGAAACAGACGAAGGCCUCCAGCGGCGGCGACGAGGCGGACGACAAGAAGUCUGCCAGCAAGACAGACACGGCGGCCAAGAAGCCGGCCAAGGAUCCCACAGGAUCAUCGGGAUCGGUCACAGCCGCCACUGAGGGUGGUGCUGGAAAUGGUGGCGGGAAACCAACGACCUCCACCUUAACAUCAACCACGUGCUCGACAUCCGCCGCAUCCGCUUCCGCUUCCAAUAGCUUGAAACUGUCGCCGGAGGAGCGACACGAGGAUGGCAAGGCGCGGGCCAUAAACAAGAUGCUAAAGAGCCUGGAUAUCAAGAUACACGGCUUCGACAACCUGCUGCCCAGCGGCGAGGAGCGGCUUAACGAUGGCGUGCUAAAGUCCUCCAUUUCGGAGAACGUCAAGACCAAGUCGCGCGCAGCGGCGGUCAAGGUGAUAUCCAGCCUGAAUCCCGGCAAGAUGCCGCCAGUGAAGCGAGUGCGUCCCUCACCGGAGCCAGUUAGGGAAAAAGUUGCCGAGAAGCCGGCCGAAAAGGUUCUCGAGAAGGACAAACCCAAGGCGGAGCAGCAAAUCACGCCCCCUCUCGCUCCAGAGGAGUCCCCCGCCUCCAAGGUGCCCAAGAAGACGGUGCAGCAGGCCAAGAAGACCAAGGUGGAGCCAUCAUCGCCACAGGCGACGGCUGCAACGACAACUCACACAACGGCAAAGAAUCCUGGCAAGAAAUCAGCCCAUUCAGAGCAGCUGCCGAAAAAAGAGCUAUCCAAGUCGACCAAAAUGGGCAAACCGAAAAAGGAAGCCACCUUGCUGAAGAGCACUUCCCGUUUGCCGGACUCCAAUACGGAAUCUGUGCAAAUGGAGCUGGAGGAGAUUGUCAGUACGCCCACGGUGACGCCAACGCCUUCGGCCACGCCCACGGCGACACCGACGCCCACAGCAACGCCCACGCUUACGCCAACGCCAACGCCUACGGCCACACGCACAAGAACUCCCACGCCCACGCCCGCACCCACUUCGACUUCCUCAUCCACUGCCAUGGUGGCGGGCCAACCUGCUCCACCGCCACCACCACCAGGGGGAGCACCGAAACAGCGACCGAAGGUGAAGUACACCAAGACAUCGGCGGGAUCGAAGGGUCGCGUGCAACAGUCGCUGAACCAGAAGGCACCCUCUGCCUCAUGGAGCGGGGCCAAGGACAUAUACGACUUCAAGUCGGGAUCGGAGGACGAGGAGCCGAUCAAGAUGGUGCUGCCGUCGCUCAAGGAGCUGCGCGAGUUCUCAGAUGAGGAUAACAAGCCACUAAAGCUGUUCGAGCGACCGGCCGAGAAGACAAAGAUUCAGGUGGAUGAGGAGGGGCAGCCACUGGUCAAGAAGGAGGAGAAGGUAAAGUCCAAGGAGAAGGAGAAGGAAAAAGAAAAAGACGUAGAUCCUUUGAGCAACGCACAACAGUCCGAACCAGCAGCCAAGCAAACCACCAGCACCACCGCCACCUCCGCAUCGUCGGGUAAAAAACAAGCCAAGCGAAAGAUAGCCACUCCAAAUCCCUCCACUGCUGGGCGCAAGAAGAAGCCGGUGGGCAAGGGAAAGGCCGCCGCAGCAAAGGAGCCUCCUCCCAGCGGCAGCUCCGCAGAGAGCAGCUCCUCCGAGGACGAGCGUAAGCUGAGUGCCUACAGUGGGCCCAAGCGCCAUCGGAUGGCCUCGCUAAAUGCGCUGGCCAAGGUGCAGUGCCUAUACGAGAACGAAUCCCGGACGGCCCAUGAGCUGGGCCUUUCGAAGGCGACGCAGCAGCCACCACGCAUUCGCACGCUGGACGGAAGUGAUGACGACAACCACAAGGACUCACCGCGUCAAGGGGAUGCGGACAGGGACAAGGGAUCCGUAAGUCCACCGCACACAUCGGCGGCUCCACCAGCCGCGCCGAGUGCUCCGCCCAAGGAGGCGGAGCCACGAAGGGAACUGCGUUACGUGCCCGGAGGCAGGGGAGUGGGCAAGCACUGGGAAUUCGACAGCGACAGCGAGACCGAGGAACUGCAACUCCAACAGUCCUUGCCGCCGGUCAAGAAGAAGAAGCUGCCCAAAAAGGCGCCGCCCAAGAAGGCCACGUCCAGCGAGACGGAAGCCAAGCGAAAGAAGAAAUCGGUCCAGAUCGAGGAGAGCGACGAAGAGGAAGCCAAGGAGAAGGAGAAGGAAAAGGAGAAGCCCAAGCCACCCAAGCAGCUGCCCAAGAAGCGCAAGACGGCCUUCACCGAGGAGCUGAUCGGGGACUACAAGGGCAUCCUGGCCAGAAAGCGCAUGGCCAGCCUGAAUGCCAGCGCCAUUGUGGCGGCCACCUACGAGGUGGAGCGUCACCUGGACAAGAAUUUGGCCAGUGAUUGCAGCAGUUUCGAGAGCUACGACGAGCUGGACACCAUGCCCACCACCACCAGCAAGGCGACGUCAGCUGCCGCGAUUAAAACGGAGGUGAUCCACAUCAAAAAGGAGCCCAAAGAGUCCAAGGAAUCGCUGCGCGAACGGGAACGCGAAAGGGAGAGCGAGCGCAGGCGGGAGCGGGAUAACGAGCUGAACUCGAACAUCGGCAAGAUUGUCGAGGAAAGCAACGACUCCAAGUACUCGAAGGAGACCAAGGAAACGAACACGGACACCACCAUUACCACCACUGGCUACCGCGACUCGGCGGCCAGCACCAAGGAUGCCAAGGACUGCAGCCGGCCCACCUCCUCGUCAGUCGUCAUUGUUCAGGACACGGACGUCACCAUUACCGGCGUCUAUGUGAACGCCAGCAACGGAGCCGCCCAGGAGGCCUACUGCAAAAUGCAGUACCGCGUCCAGUCGAGCGUCACCGAGGAGCGCGUCCUGCGACCCGGCUCCGUGGAGCCCCCCAAGUCCUACACGCCGCUCAGCGCCCUCUCCAGCAUGCUGCCACCGGGAGCCAGUUCCGGACUCAGCGAAGCCCACAGUUCGCCGCCGCUGCCUGUCCAUGCAGCGCCGACGGGACCACAUGUCCUGCUGCCCGGCGAGCACCUCAGCGCCGGCAUGUACCAUGCUCCCGAUCUCGGCCUGCACACGGAGCACGCCCUGCCGGAUCACCACGGUCCGCCACCGCCCUCGUACGCAGCUGCUGCAGCAGCGGCCGCGGCCGCCGCCGCCUACCACGCCCACCAGCUGGCGCCGGGUGGCGGCGGAGUGCUGCACAUGCAUCACCAGCAUCAGUAUGCCGCCCAUGCGGCCCACGCACAUCACUACCAGCAGGCGGCCGAGUAUCACGGCGGACCGCCCCCGCCACCGCAUCACUACGGCGGUCCGCCGCCCCAGGGCCACUAUGGACCGCCGCCGGGCGCACCUGUUCCGGUGCCAGUGGCCGUGCCCAACACGGUGACCGUGCCGCCCGAGCGCUGCGACGUGGGCUCUCCGCCGCCGUCCUACCGCGCCAGCGCCUAUCCGCCGCCCUCCAGCGUGGGCAUGCCGCCGCCCACUUUGGGAGGCGGGUCGAGCGCCUUCUGCGCCCCCAGUCCGCUCCACCAUCACCAGCACCAGCAACCGGGCCCGCAUCACGAUCCCAGUGGUUACUAUCAGCCGGCUGGACCGCUGAUCUCACCGCAUGUGAUCGCCGCACCGCCGCCGCCUGCACAAGUGAAGAAGCUGCAGGAGGAGGACAGUCCCGUUCCAGCCGCCGGUUCACCCACGCAGCUGCAGCAACAGGCUGCCGCAGAAGCCGCCGCCGCCGCCGAACAGGCGGCAGCCCAAUCCCAGUCACAGUCGCAGAGCCAAACGCACGGACACGCCCAUAGCCACGCCCACAAUCCGCAACAGGCGCAGCAUCCGCCACAGCCACAGCCGUAUCCGGCCGGCGCCGUGGCGGCCGCAGCCGCGGCAGCCGCCGCCCACCAGGGUGUGCCCUACUCCCGCUCGAUGCACGCGGCCCAGAUGCACUACUCGACCGGCUAUCCGCCCAACUACUACGCGCCAUAUCCGGGCGAGGUCAUGUGCUACUCGCCGCCCACCUACCCGCCCUACUUCUCGAGCAAAGUCUAUCAGCCGUCGCAUCCCGCCCAUCCCGCCGCCCAUCCGCAGGGUCCACCGCCGCCAGGCGCCUAUCGCCGUUACCCGUACUACCAGCACGCCGGUCCGCCGCCGCCGCACGAGCUCUACGAACAGCAGCCGCCCCCGCCGCCCGUCUCAUCCGGAACGGUGUCCGGGCCGGCGCAACAGCAGCCGCCCACCAGCAGUUCAGCAGCCGUAGGCGCAGGCGGAGCAGCAGCAGCGGGAGCACCAUCCGGCAGCCAGUUGGUUCCGGCACACCAACAACAGCACCAGCAGCAGCACUUGGAGCACUACCCGGGACCGCCCAGCUACUACGCCGGAUACAGUCCCGGCGGAGGAGCGUCCGCCGGCCAGUGCUACACGCGUGGACUGCAAGGGCCGUAUAUGGAGUAUCCACCGCAGUGUCCCUGCCCAAUGCCUCAAUCGUGUCCAAAAAACGUCCAUACUGGGCCUCAUAUUGGUAGCAACAUCAUCAGCAACAUCGACCAGAGCAGCAGCAAGAACAGCAGCAGCUGCAGCAGCAGUAUGUUGCUGAGUGCCACGAGCAACAGCAACAUCAGCGGCAGCAGCAGCACCUUGGCUGCCUGCAGCAGCGCUACGACAACAACCACAGCGUCAGCGUUGACUACCAGUAGAGGCCCAGUGAAAAAUGUGACCCCCAACAAUAGCAACAGUAGCGACCACACCAGCAACAGUUGCAGCACCGAGACAGGCAACAGCAGCAGCAACAACAGCAGCAACAGCAGCUGCCAGACGAUUGAGACGACCUCACGGGCAACAGCAGCAACCAACACGACGAACACGACGGCGACCACGGCCACAACAGGCACCCAGUGCCAGAUGCUGGUGAAGACGGAGCUGAAGGGCGAGAAUCCUCAGGUUACCAAGAUGCAGUACGAGGCGCACGUAAUGCCGCCGCCCACUCCGCCGGAGAGCUACUGUGCCAGUGAUGAGAAGCUGCUCGAUGACCAGGAGCAGGAGGCCGAGCUGGAGCUCCGCCUGCGCCUUGGCUUGGGGCUGGAGAAGAAUCACGGUGGACAGCAGCACAUCGAGGCGUACGAUCUCACCUGUAGCACCCCGCCCCCAGUUACCGUGCCCCAGGCAGCAGCAGUGCCGCGCAAGGCGAGGAUUGGCAAGAGCAUGGCCAGGGAAAUGGUCUAUGCUGCCCAGCAGCAGCAGUUGCUUCCGGAGAAGCAGUUAAGGCAGCCAAAGGACGCGGCUGCGAAACAGGAAGCGGAACCAGAGAUGCCUUUCGUACUUAAAGCGGAAAUCAAAGCAGAGACCAAAAUCAAAAUCGAGCACGACGGCGAGGCGCAGGCCAGCACACAUAUCAGCCAACUGCCGGACCUGAAGCCCACCAUCAAAACGGAGCCAGAGCAGGAACUGGAGCCAGAAGCGGCUCCAGUACCUUCUGUGACCAAAACGGAACCGGAACCAGAAAUGGAGCGGAACCAACAGGAGCAAAUGGAACAACAGGAACAGCCAGCUGGCGAGGAUCAGCAGUCCACGCCAGGCGGCAGCAAGCAACGCAUCAACCUGCUGGCCUCCUCCAGCGGCAACAAGAAGACAAAAACGAACCACAGCUAUAAGAGCCUGAUCAAACAGGCGGAGCCCAAGAACUACCUGUGCCCCGGUCGCAGGUUCGUCCGUCGACACGGACGUGCUCCGCCCAAAUAUGUCAAACGGCGUCAAAUGAUCCUGACGCAGCGGCAGCAGCAGCGAAUGCGUCUGCAGCGCCGCGAGCAGCAGCAGCAACGUCGUCAGCAACGUGAGGCAGCUGCAGCAGCAGCAGCAGCAGGAGGAGCAGUAGUGGCCUCCCCAUCUCUGGCAGGCACCCCAAUGGAGCCAGGAUCAGAUGUUUCCAUCGUAAAGGAGCAGACACCCAACAGCUCGGCCACGCCCAGUGCCUCGCCGAAAAGAGCGCGGCCCCGGAAACAGGAGAUUGCUGCGCUGCAUCUGCUCGAAGGCUUGGACACAGCACUGAGUCGUGGAUACUUCAGUGACCCAGAGCUGAAUCACAGCAGUUGCAAGCAGGCGCCGACAGCUGUGGGUGGACUGUAUGCUGCCUCCUCGCCGCUAACACAGGCGACCGACCACAGGGGCAAACAGCCCACGGCGGAGAAGCGUUCCAAGUCGGAGACCAAGAAGCCACCGUCUGGAGAAAUUUCCGAGUCAGCCCUGCCGUGCAAGAAGCCACGCAAACAGCCUGCUGGCAAGGCGAAGGGCAAGAGCAAGAAGACAACGGGAGCAGCAGCGACAACAGUUGCGUCCGCAGCCGAAACGCAAACGGAAGCGGUAAAUGUCUCCACGGUAUCCACCCAGGAGACGAAUAACAACGAGUAUCAGACGGCAGAUCUGCAAGCACAAAAGUUCCGCGAGUCUCCGGCUGUCACUGAUGCAACGGCUACGGCAACGGGAACAGCCGCCCAGCAGCAGCAGCAACAUUCCGACGAGCAACACCAGUUCCUGGUGCCCAGUCAGCCAGCGACAGCUACCGCCGUCGCGGCCCCAGCAGCCACUCCUCCGCCCAGCCGUCAAGGUCAUGCGGCGCACACAAAACGGGCCAGAUCGCGCUGCAAGUUCGGUAAUCGGAAGCGCCAAAAACAGCGACCUGGCGGCGUGAGCUACGAGCUGGAUGUGACCCAGCCGCCGGCCACCAAGGCCAAUGUGGUGCCCAAGUGGAACAAUGGUUGGAUGUGGGCCGGCAAGGCGUUCCAGGGUGCCGUCUUUCUCAAUAGCGAUGAUCCGUUGGUGCUGCGCACCUGCUACCCGGCCAUGCGGCACGUGGAGGGCGACAUCAUCCGCAUCAGGGACUGUGUGCUGCUCAAGGCCAACGAGGACAACGAGCUGCCCUAUGUGGCCAAAGUGGCCCAUCUCUGGCAGAAUCCUGAGGACGGCGAGAUGAUGAUGUCGCUGCUUUGGUACUACCGACCGGAGCAUACUGAUCAGGGACGGCAGCGUAACGAUUGUCCGGACGAGGUAUACGCCUCCCGCCACCGCGACCACAACUCGGUGGCCUGCGUCGAGGACAAGUGCUAUGUGCUCACCUUCAGCGAGUACUGCAGGUAUCGUCGCCGCCUGCGUGCCGCUGAAGAGGAUGUGGAAGACGUAAGCAUUGUGCCUCGUCGGCCAAGCAGUGCCACCGCUCCUGGGUUUCCGGUGCGAACGGUGCCGGAACAUACCAAUCCGGAGCUGGUGAUGUUCUGCCGCCGAGCCUACGAGUUCCGGACGCGACGUCUGCUCAAGCUGCCCCAGAAGAGCGGUCUCGUGUGCACCUCCAGCUAGCGCAAGGCAUGAGCCAUUGCGAUCGAGGUCCCAUCAACCCAGGCGAUAGAUGAACUGCGGAGUGUAGGAACAUUAGCUUAAAUUCGGAUUGCAGUGGCAAUUGGAGGAGCGUAAGGGAACGAUGUGGGGAGUGGAGAUGGAGAAAGCCCUGGCAGAGGACAAGGAAAUCAUAGAGAGAAAGUUACAUUGUUUUGAUCAGUCUACAGUAUUGUUAAAGAUAUUUUUUGUCUUUGUUGUUAAGAGAUAUCUGCAAGAAAGAGACCGGGCUGUGCAUCUGCAUUCGUUGUUCCUAAACAAAUUUCGAUUGCUCUUGUUGCGCCCGUCGCUCGAUGUUUCCUGACCCAAACACACACAGAAACGGACAAGUACACACACACUACCUCUGUCGGGGCAGGAAAGGAUCACACACAGCUACACCCAAGACACACGGCUAAACACGGACACACACACAAAUACACACACCAGACCAAAAUGUAGGCGAAGGCUUUUCACUUAGACGUGAGAAUUUUGAGAAAGAAGAGAAGAGGGAGAAGAGGGAAAAUGUUGGAAGACAACUGCUAGGCGAAAGCAUUAAAUACUUUACAUUGUAUUACAUAAUUUAUUUAUUCUGACUACACACCCCACCCCCCGCCAAAACUCCCACACACACGCGGAUAUUUUUGUUAUUAAGUUGUAUGUAUUUAUUAUCAUUAGUAUCGAGUUAGUCAACAUUCUGUGUACAGUUUUCCGCUCGCUUUUGCUCUAAUCGCUCAUGGAAUUGGUUUAACCUACUACCGAAAAUCAUAUCCAUUAGUUUAGUCCCUUACCAUGGCUAAAUAGUUAUUUGGUGUGCCGCAGAAAUCUCUGCAAACCGACUUGGUGCGAUUUUAUUUGUCUUUUCUCAAAACUAAAUCCAUUUGUUCUGUAGAGAUCUCUGCGGCUUACCGAAUAGAGAAAAUAUUGCUACUUUUUUUUUGUAACUAAGACGUGUUCGGAUAGUCGUUGAAAUAGUUUUUUUUUUUGGUACAACCGAUUUUUGAAUCGCCAAAUCAAGUCUACCGACUAUAAAUUGUAAUGAUUAUCGUGCAUGUCUGCAAAGAACUUGGAAUAUUCCGAUUAUUAUUUUAGGAAUAACUGAACCAACUAAUUAAUAAUUUAAUAUCCUAACCUACGGUUUCCACUUUUUUCCAUUUACACUCAUUUACACAUUUACAAAUGAGACAUCCUCUUCUGUCGUUUAGUCUAUAAAUUCAGAUAUAAUUAAAACCAGGCUUAACCCAUUGAUGCUCAGGCAAAAACUUUGCGCACAGACAAACCAAUCUAACUAUUGACUCUCCAAAUUGAGAUUUCUGGCUCCAGAGGCGGAAAACUGGAUGGCUUGACAUCGAUUUUUGCUAGGCGCUGUUGGUAUAUUUUUUUAUUUGUUGUUAGUUUUUGUAAGCGAUGGAACACACAUUUUGUACUCUAAUUUGACAUAUAAUUUUUUUGUUUCGUCUUAGUUCGGAAAUUUGAUUUCAGAGAUAUAAAUUUCUGUAUAAUACUUUAUUCAGCUGCAAACAGUUAACGAGAAUCUUUAGGGAAAAAAAAACAACAGAAACAACAACAAGUCACAUUAUUAUAUUAUAUAUACAUAAAUAUAUCUACGUAGUUCUAUAUAUACAAAUAUCCGUAUUCAUAAAAUAUUUUUUUUAAUCCUAAUUUAAUUUAGCGGUAGCGUUUUUAGUUAAUAAGUUGAUAUUGCAAAUAGUUUGUUUUAUACCAAAUACACAAAAAAAACAUUAAGCGAUUCUAAGAAACCUAUUUAUGCACACCCAAACACACACAUACAUCUAUGCACAAGUGUAUAGUUUUAUGAAUAUAUAUAUGAAUUACAUGUAUUAUUUUUUAAACCAACCACCUGUUUUCCUCAUUUUAUAUUUUUUAACGUGACUUGAGGACGGGCAGAGUUAUUCUCGCAAAUAGGAUACACUCUGCAGAUCUGCCGGCCUCGUGGGCGGUUAGCUGUAGUAGGCCAGUAGGCGUGGCAAUGUGUAGAGCUAUGGAUAAAGCAACGUAGGACAUGAAGCGAAGAUGUUGGAAUAGAUGCUUGGAAUAGAAUGUGCAAAAAUGAUAGAAAUCGUAUAUAAAUACACUCAUAUAUAGGGAGCAUAGCCAGACAUACACAUAUGAUACAAGUAUACAACCACAGGAAAUCACACACACUCAGACACACGCACACACACACACACGCACACGCAUACGAACAAGGAGCGUAAGCUCCAUUAAUACAUAUGUAUACCUAGAGAAAGCAGGACGACGAAAGAAUUCAAUUAGUGAAAAAUCAAGAAACAACCACAAAUUGUAGCCUAAAUUACCAAAACAAACAAACAAACAAACAAUAUAUUUGUAUGCCAUAUAUAUAAUAUAUAUAUAUAUAUACACAAUACAUAUACAUACACAUAUACAAAUACAAAUACAAAUACAUAUAUAUAGAUAUCUAUAUAUACUGGAGCCUUGUUCCUGCUGGGCCACUGCAAGGACACAUAUAUAUUUCUAUAGGCAAAUUGAAGGAACCACAGGAAGCAACCACAACCGAAAGCAAUUCAAGCCAGCUUGUAUUAUAGACGGGAGGCGUCCAAUACUCUGGCGCCUUUCUCAUCAGAGUACAGUCGGCCCACACUAACAGGAACACACGAACGAACAUACACACUAUUGCCUCUGAAUACGAAUACACGUUAUGAUGAUGAACGAUAAACGAUGAGCGAUGAACGAUGAACGAUGAUGAACACGUUUUUCCGCUGGUUUCUGUUGGACUAAUGAUCAAAAACUGUGGAUCCCCAUCCCAUAUUGUAUUUUGUAGAGAAAUCUAAUAACGUUUAAAAAAUACCAUUUCAUUCCAGUCUUGUCAAUGUCCUUCGGCAUGAUAAUUUUCAUAUAGUUGUUAGUUACAUGUACGUCUGUAAGUCUACGGUCUGAAAUUUUCUUCAAUGUUUGCUUUAAGAAAUACAUUUGAAUAACAUUGUAACGUAAAUCUGAAAAUCCACAACACCACAAUCGC